AUGUCCCUUGGGCUGGCGGUGAGGAAGUUCUGGAGCAGCAUGCUGAAAGUGGGCAUCCUCCAUCAGCAGCUAGUGGCUGAGAAAAAGCACAAUAAAGAAGAUGCUUCCAGCCUGGGAGGUUCCUUUCAGGCAGCAAAAGCCGAAACUGAGCAUUUGAAAAGCUGCUCCUCUGGGCUUUCCACCUCCGAGCAUUCUGAGCUGGGUGUGUCAUUACCAAGCGUCCAAGCUUCCCCCUUAACUUUGUCGGCCAGCAGCAGACUGCCGUACAGUAACCUCUCUGAGGCAAAGUCAGUCUGCAGAGGCAGCAACCAGAGCAUCCACGCUCAGGCGAUCGAGUCAUCUCUGAUGCCCUGUGAUGCAUGCAAGGAGGCCCAGGCCAGCCUGCGGGAAGUGGGCAAUGCCAUUAUCACCGUCUGCAGCAGCCAGAACCUCCCCUCCUCUCUGAGCAGAUUCCUGGAGAUGGUCGAGCAGAGCCUUGGGCACAAACCCCUCACGGCUAUGGACCUCAGCUACUGGGCGUCCGAGCAGAGCAAGGACCUCUCCCGGAUCAAUAAACACCUCUGGACCCUGGUGGAGCUCAUUAACCCUUUGAAGGAGGAGCUGGAAUGCUCCAACAAACAGAAGGAGGAGCUGAAGGGACAACUGGAAACCUUCCACAGCCACCUUCAGAAGGAGAGAGAGCUUCUUCUAGGAGCUGUUUCCUUGGAGAAGGAAGUCUCCACCUUGAAAGAGAGGCUCCGGUUGCAGGAAGCCACCAUCCAAGAGCUGGAGCAGGCCAAAAGUGAUCUGCUGGAGGAGAUGAAGGUGAAGAUGGUGGACAGGAGUGAGAUGGCCAGGCUGAACGACCAAGUGGAGGUCCUGGCUAGCCAGCUGGAGAGUGCCAAGCAGCAGCUGAACUGGGCCCUCGCCGAGCGUGACAAGGAGAAGGCCAGGGUGGAGAGCAUGCUCCGGCACAAAGAGUCUCUCCAGGCCAAGCAAAGAGGCUUAAUGCAGCAGCUGGAUCUUCUGGACCAGGAAUGUGAGCAGCUGAGGAGCAGCCUGGCCGAGGAGGAAGAAAAGCAGUACAUAAUGAAGGAGCACCUGGAGAAGGUCCAGGGCGAGCAGCGGGACAUCCACAUCCAGCUGGAAGCCCAGCAGACUCUUACGGAGAGGAUGCGGCAGGAGAAGCUGAGCUUAGAGCAGUCUACAUCAGACCUGCAAAGGACCAUCUCCGAGCUGGGCGAGCUGGUACAGGAGAUGAAGGAGCGGGAGAGGCUCUUGGUGUCCUUCCCAGACCUUCACAUCCCUGUUGAGGCACAGUUCAGAGGUACUGGAGACAUCCUGGAGGACAUGGGGAAGCAGCUCCAGGCCAACAAUAUUCGCAUCAGCAUUCUGGAGGAAGAGAACUCUCGUCUGCGGACCGCGGUGGCCAAAAUGAAGGAGACAGCACAGCAGGAGGCCCCAAAGCUUGUGUUGCCUACGCAGUUGUGGAUGCCGGCUACUGCAAAAUCUGGUAAUGAAGAGCAGGGGAUGCACCACUCCGCAGGGCAUUCUGUGGGAACUAGUUUCCCGGGAACUGUGCCGAGGCCUUCCACCAAUUCCAGUAAGGGAAGCGCAACCCACAACAGAGCUCAGAGUGGCCACAGCACUGGCGGACACAGCUCUGCCUCCCGAAGGGCUCCAAGUAGCCAGCAGCCAAAGUCACCUUCCAGAGGGGCUGCCCAGAAAGUUGCAUUCACCUUUGCCUGUGAGGAUACAGCUACCAACCUCUACAUCAGGACAAAAGGGAGAGACAUGGCCCUGGGCCACCCGACCCAUUGCACCCGGAACCACCAGAAAUAAAAGCCCCGAGAGGAAUAAAUGCAGAAGGUUGCCAAGGUCCUCACUGGGAUUCCACCAUGCGGGAGUGGUUU